GCCUGGGGGUGACACAGCCCUGUCCCCAACCCUGCCUGAGGUGCGAGCUGCCCACGAGCCCCGCAGGCACUGGGCUUGCUCCUGCCUCAGCACUGAGGAUCUUCUGGGGGCCUCUGGGAGCCCCCAGGGACGCCCACACCGGUGCCCACCCCCCAGCAGCUUCGUGUCCAGGCAGUCAAUGGGCGAGGAAGCCGCCCAGGUCACCGUGUGCCCACCACGUGCCGAGGCUCAGGGCUGGCAGGUGAACCACAGCAAGCGCUCCCAUCCUCAUCCUGGCCACGGUGCCUGCAGCCCACUGGCCUCGGGCAGGACAACCCACCCCCCCGAGCCCUGAAGGGUUAAUUCCCCUGCGGGGAUGGAGGGUGAGCUCAGGUAGGCGUGAGCCUGUCGGGCUCCCACAUCCAGAGCUGGAGCAGGGCUGCCUGCCGGAGCCGGAGGAGGGGCCUGGCUGACCACUGCUGCUGCUAUAAAACUCCCAGCUCCUGCCACACUCGGAGCCUUAAGAUGCACAUGUGUGGGGAGAGGAAACAGGCAGCGCUGCCUGCAAGCAGCCCGUAGCCCCAGAGCGCGGAGCCAGCCGGCGGGGAGCUGGGGAGGGGGCCCCCCGCAGCACCACCCCCCAGCCCCAGCCUGCCCCUGCCCGGGGAGGGCGACACCAGCUGCCAGCCAGCCGGGGCUCCCCGGACCCCCGCGGGGCAGCAGCAUGAGCGCCUGGAGCUGAGGCUGCCUGCAGCAGGAGGAGGUCGGCAGAGCACGGCGGUCCCCACGCGGCUUCCCCCGGUGUCCCCUCAUCGCCCAUCAUGUCCUUUGCCAUGCUGCGCUCGGCCCCCAGCCGGUACCUGUACCCCGAGAUCAGCAUGCUGUCGGAGGACGAGGAGAACGGCAGCGAGAGCUCCGGCUCCGACGAGAAGCCCUACCACCUGGAUGCCGACGGCUAUGGCCUCAAGGCCAGCAAGCGCAGGAGCGGCAAGAAACCCAACCGGAUCAACAGGGAGCCCCGGCAGCGUCACACGGCCAACGCGCGGGAGCGUGACCGCACCAACAGCGUCAACACUGCCUUCACCGCCCUCCGCACGCUCAUCCCCACCGAGCCGGCCGACAGAAAGCUCUCCAAGAUCGAGACCUUGAGACUGGCCUCCAGCUACAUCUCCCACCUGGGGAACGUGCUGCUGGUGGGGGAGGCGUGCGGGGACGGGCAGCCCUGCCACACCACCCCUGCCUUCUACCACCACGGCGGCGGCAGCCCCCCCGCGCGCGACACCGAGAACUCCCAGCCCAAACAGAUCUGCACUUUCUGCCUCAGCAACCAGAGGAAGCUGAGUAAAGACCGAGACAGGAAGACGGCGAUUCGGAGCUAGAUGAUCACAGUUUUCAGGAAGGACAACAAGGAGGAGCAGAAGGAGGAAGGAUGGAAAAGCCACACACACAAAACCACAGCCAUGGACACUCCUGCCUUCACCCUGCUGCUGGGGAGAGCUGCACGGCAUCGCCCCGGAGGACCUUACCCUGACCCGGACACACACCUUGGCAGAGGCCAGGUGUCCUCCCCCGGCUCGGAGGGGUGACCGCAGAUGGGAGGCGAACACGGACGCGGCAGGACUUUGCAGGACCGCGUGCGGCGGCUCAGAGGAAUGCUCGCUGCGCAAGGACACUCCGUGAUGGCGCAGGCAAUGCAGCCGCUGCCCGGUGAGCCGAAGGGGCAGGGGACCUGCUCCGGGGCUCCUUGGAAGGGGAGUCCCUGCCCCGGUCUCUGCGGAUGCCACACAAGGCGGCUCCUGGGGGAGAGCUGGCACUCGGACGUGCCCCGUCCCAGGUCUGACUUGAGCAGCGCUGGUGAAACCGCUUAUGGAAACACCCUGCUCUCCCUGUCCCCUUCCAGCUUUGAGCCACUCCAUCCCCUGAACUCUGAGUCCUGGGGUGCUGCAUUUGUUGAGUUUAAUCAAUACAUGCUGGUGUUUCAUGUCAUUGAUAUGAUAAUAUAAAGCCUGAGCAAUUUGUAUAAUUAAAAAUGAAUAUGGUUCAGACUCAGGGCAGGAACUUCCUUCCUUCCAGAGCCCCUGACCCCUCUCACACAAUAAACCUCUGGUUUCACCUCACCCACACUGGCUUUAAACACCGGCCGGUCAGCAAGCGAUGGA